GAGAAAAAAAAACUGACUACAUGAUGAUGAUGAGUCAGCGCAUCAAAUUACACCAAUUCCAACUGUGUUACUUCUUAUCUUAGGGAAAAAAAAGUUGCCUGGGUAUUAGACCUAGUUGGAGGUUUAGGAUGAGUCUGCUGUACAUUGCUAAUAAUACGAUCUAAUGGGUUUAAAAUGUUGUGGAUUGAUAGAAUCAGUUGUUCUCAGGACCUCUAAGCUCUGGGAAUUUGCCUACUUUUUUGCAACACUCCUGAUUGUAGCUGUGACUAAUUUAAAAACAGCUGAGUCACAGAGGAAAAAUUGCUUCAUUUAAACCAGUAAAUGUUUUAGUUUUUACUGUAACUGUUACUUCUGCGAUUAUUAUUUCUCUGUCUUACACCAUUUACGCAUUUAAACGUAAUUUAUCUGGAAAUAGCUCAUUGGAAAAACUUUCCAGGAACUCAUUCAGCUCAGUGUUUCCUAAUGUACGGGCUGCGGCCCACUGGUGGACUCUGUAGGCAUUGCAGUCUGAACGACAUACAUGUUCCCCAUUCACCAAAUUAUAAGAAGCAUAAUCUUUGUUAUUGGGGGAAAACACAAGUUAAAAGAUAUUCAUAUUAAACAUGUCAACAAGGCUAAUUUUUGAGCUCUUGUUCAGUUCAUUUCUAUCACUGAGAUUGACCUUUUCUAUAUAACUCUGGAUAUCAUUUCCUCUAAGGACACUUUUUGGGACACUGUCCUGUAGAGACAGUAGGGAACUUCAUAACAGCCUUUUUGAUUGGAAGGUCACCCAUAGGACAGAAAGUUGCAAAAGCAUCUUAUAGGGAACGGCAUCAUCUUCUUCCAAUAGAAAUGCACUCCUUUAGAAACAAUACAUUUUUUAAUUUAUAUUUUGCCUUAGAGGCCACAUUUGAAUGGCAGCCAGUAGGGCACGUCCUCAUUUUUACCACUCUAGAUGGCACUUUAGCAGACAGCAUUGUUGUUGUCGUACUGGACAUGCAUUUUCAUGUCAGAACAAGCAAACAUAGUGCAAGUUACAACCACUGCAAAGUCUUAUAUUGCACUAUUGUCCCCUUAAUAUCAGUGACAUUGUAAAAUAAAUAAAUAAUAAUAAUAAAUCAUGACUGCUCUAUACCCAGCUAACAAUUUCUGGUUCACAGAAUAUUCUGAGAAUGUUACCUUUUAGUUCCCUGAAGAUUUGCCCUAGGUUGUCCUAUGGUUCUCCUAAUGUUAGCUCUUGGUUGCACAUUCGCUUCUCAGAACAUUCCCCUAACAUUACUUUUGUCCCACCCUUUAUUCAACCUUCAUAAAACGUAGUCUUUUGGUUCCCCUAAUGUUACUUUUGUCACAACCAUACAACCUUAAUAGACCAUUCUCUUUUGGUUUCCAGAACAUUCCUCUGUUACUUUUGUCACAACCUUCAUUCAACCUUAAUAGAACGUUCUGUUUUGGUUUAAGGGAGAUAUACUUAGAUAAGUCACAAGAAAUGUGUUGUUGUUUUUUUUUGUUUUUUUUAUUGAAGUGAAAAACAUCUGGCACGUUCCAAGAUUAACAUCACCGGGACUAUGACAACCAAAAAAUACCAGACAUAUUUUAAACAUGUGUUUGCCCCCGGACUGACUUUGUCAUGUAUGAAGACUGGCAGUGAAAGAGUUAAUGAAAGUGGGCGCGUGGCGCUGCUCAGUCCCCUCCCUCUCACCCUCGCUCUCUCGCCCCUUCCCUCCGCCUUCUCUGCAUGUGUGUGUGUGGGUUUGGGUGUUAGGGCCCGUCCGUCUCGGGGAGGAAACAAAGUUUUUCAUCUUCAAACUCUUAUUCAUACGGAAUCCUGCCACAUACACACAACAGCAGCGCGUCAGUGAAGGUCCACACCUCCCUGCUCGGCGAAGAAGAAAAAGGAGGAGGACGAAGAAGAAGAAGAAGAAGAAGAAGAAGAAGAAGCAGCAGCAGCAGCAGACUUCACUGUCUUUGUCAGACCAUGCAAAGCUUUUAAACCUCACUGGUGACAGUUUUCCUGAAGUUCAGAGACUGACAAGAUGCGCUCCACCGUGGAUGCAGAGAGAAGAGGAACUAGCAGCAACAACAAUAACCGCAGCAACAGCGGCACUGGAAACUCUGGUUCUCAGUAUGCACUGUGUGCUCUGGGGGUGGGGCUUAUUGCCCUCGGCAUAGUGAUGAUUGUGUGGAGUGUGGUACCUGCAGACUCAGCCAGCAACAGCAGCAGUAUUUCAGGAGGAGAUGGUAGCACUGGGGGCAGGAAAAACAAAGCAUCGUCAGUGGCCUUUGUCCUGGUGGGUUCUGGGGUGAUCAUGCUGCUGCUCUCCUUGUGUGUGGGAAUGAGGAAUAAGCAGCGGGAGCAGCGGUAUCUCCAGGAGGUCCAGAACAACCGUGAGGUGGCACAUCAGGGCGGACGAGAAACUGCUGAGGAACAAGCCCAGAGGUAUGCUGUACCCACCUAUGAGGAGGCAGUAGGCAGUGGCCAGUACCCGGUUAGUCAGAGCAACCACCAUCCAAGCUCCUCCCAUCUACCGUCCUACGAUGACCUGGUUGCAGUUGAUGGAGUACAGUAUGAACACGAAGGGUCAGAGCCCGCAACUGCCACGUCACAACUGCCCGCUCCGGCCUCCAGCGCUCCCUCCGCUGAUGCGUCAAAUCGUAGAUCUGCAAAAAAUACCCGCAAGCUCCUCCCUAUCAAGAUCCGCAGGAUUAAAUCAGAGAAGCUGCACAUGAAAAACAUUGAUAACGCUCAGCCAGCAGCUGAACUCAGUGUGGAACCACUAACUCCACCACCACAGUAUGAGGAUAAAGUGCCUCCCAUUUAAGAUCAAUAUGAUCUAAACUUAAGCCAGGACUUGAAGAUGGCUUUUGCUCCAGAAUGUUCACAGAGGCACUUUUAAAGUUCAGCAAGUUCACGUGAUCACUACGAAGUAGGUAACAGAAAAUCUUUUAAACUUUUUUAACUUGGGAACUGACUGGAUCUGUGAAACAAGUACAGACGGACUUGCUGGAUCUUUUCUUACUGUCACAAUGUGGCACAGUGAAUUCAGAGCAGCCACCGAAAAGCAGUGUUUCUUGACGCCAAAGUUGUUUUCUCUUCAUCUCGCUGUAUCCGACCAACACACGUUCAUGACAUUAUUUGCAGUUGUGGUGUUUGUUUGCAUGCAUGAAUACAGUACACGCAGGUGCACUUCAUCAGUGAAGUGUCUGUACUACAACUGCGGUAUUGGAUUCCUGCCAGUAGUUUCCUAAAAGUAGACUCUACAUUGUGUGUGACAUUGUUUGCAUUCACCUGACCCGACCUGAUGUGGAAACUGUACAGUACAGGACCGUACUUGUGGUCUAGACAGUCAGUUUUGUAUUAAGAUUGCAGAGAGUCUACUGUGUCUUACACACACACACACACACACAGGUCUGUGCUCUUACUAGCUUUUGUUUCUU